AUGACUUUCCGCUAUUUGCUGGUUCUUAAUUUUUACAUCCUAUUUCGCUACUGCGGCACCAAUGUUCUUAACUCCUGGCAUCGAUUCAUACAAAAUCCGGGUGUGGCACAACUACUUUCUUUCCGCAGAGCUUCUCAAGGAGUUUUUAUAUCAGAUGCUGGAAGUCUUUUGAGAACAUACAGUAGGGGGUUUCCAAGAGGCAUUUGGGGAACGUUUUUAUUUCCAGAUAUAUAUAAAGCAGCGGAUGCUAAUGCUACAGGAAGUUCAUUUUGGUCAAAAUAUGACAAUCUUAUACUUGAUAAAAAUUCUAGCAUAGAACCUUCAUUUAGAGAAUUUAGAGAUGCAAUCCGUGGAGAUUUUUGUACUAAAGAUGAUUCAAAACGUUGGGAAUGUUGUGAUGAAGCAACUCAUCCUAGUUGUUCAACAAUACCAUCAAAUGCUAAAGCAAUUCAAACAAUGAUGGAAGAUCCAGAAAUUGAUAUUAGUUUAGCAUUUGCUUAUAUUUGGUGUACAAAAGCAUGGAAAUAUUUUAAACGUAUAAACGGAACAGCACAAAUGAUACUUUUGAAAAAUAUAAUCCAGGGUUGUCCAGAUCCAUGUUUUGGAAAUCCAUGUCGAACAGUUAAAGGUGUAAAAGAUAAUAUAUGCACAAUUACUGGAACUUUUGAGAAUGAUUAUAAAUGUAAUUGCCUUGAUGAUAUGUUAUGGGAUGAAAAUCUCCUCAUAUGUCAACCAGUCAAUCCAUGUGAUAGAAAAGUUUAUAAGGCAUGUGUUCCUGAAAAUACCCUACAAUGUAUUGCCUUUGAUAUUUCAACCUAUCAGUGUAUCUGUAAAUCUGAAUAUAUGGGUAUUGAUUGUUCUUUACCACGAGAUGCAUGUACUGAACGAGUUGAUAAAUCUCAACCAAAUGGUGAUACUAAUUGUCAAAUUCAAUUAGAUUUAUUAACGCAGACAAGUAUAACUAAUGACAGUGAAGUUAUAAAUCAACUGGAUCAGAAUGAAAGUAAACCUUUAAAUCCUGAUAUGGUUAUUCAUUGGGGUUUAACUUGCUUAAAUGGUGGUCAGUGUGUUGCUUCAGCUGAUUUUACACGUGCAUCAUGUGUUUGUCCAACAGCUUCAGAUGGUUCAUUACUUUAUACUGGAUUAAACUGUGAAUAUCCAGUUGGGAUUUGGUCAACAUGGACAUUACCUUCACCAUGUUUUCCAGAAGACUGUGGUGUAACACGUUAUCGUUGGAGAAGAAGAUAUUGUUUAAACGGUACUACUUCAGAAGAUUUACUCCCUCAUAUGACUGAAUCAUCACAAUCAUCUACUGAAUUAAAUGGAUGGACAUAUUCACAUCGAAGAAUGCCAAUUGCAUGUCCAGGAACCUCAGAAGAAAUCUUGCCAUGUCCUGAACUUGAACCAUGCUUGAAACUUCGUUUACCAGGAUAUAUGAGAGAAGAAAUUUUCAGCUAUAAUUCAUUAUAUUACUUUCUUUAUGUUACAAUAGUUAUAUUUGUCUUUAGUUGUUUAAUGUGGUAUGUAUUCGGCUCAACGAUUGCACGUUACCUGAAGCGAAAAUAUUCUGAAUGA